UGUCCGUUUCCCGCUUGUAUGCGCCACAGCCACUUUUCUUGUAGUGGUGUAGCUUUCCACCCUGACCGACAGCCCUCGGUCUUUUAAGAAAGCCAACCAACUAUGACAUCAAUGUUGGUUUGGAUUGCCAGGCACAUGGAUUUGCUUCGAUAUAGCCUUGGUCAACUAUGUUCAACAGUGUGCGGCAGCAAUAGUGGUAGUGUUUGUUGUCAACAUCAAGACUCCUCAUCACAAGGUCAGCUGAACAAAGAAGAGCGAGAAUGAGAAACGGCGUAAUGUAAUUUUGAAAAACUGGACACCUCGGCUCCGCCAUGGCUAAAUUGCCAAGUUGCCGGCCGCUGGAUGAGAACUGAGAACACGCGGCCCGGCGACAUCCUGGCCCGAACGAUUUAACGGUCAACAAGUGUUCCAUACUGCCAUGGUUCCAAGACGCAUCAAUGAAGGAGGUGAUAUUCGGACACGGACCCAUCCACGAUACCGGUAUUGCUAUAACACAAUCCGGAAAAGGUUGUGCACUGUGUACAAGACGCUUUGUAGCUCGUUUGGAAGCCGGCAUCACAGAUGGAAGUAAUCAUCAGGGGUCGUCGCCCUACAUAUCGAUCGUUAUCCAGAGAGGACGGAGGCGGACGCUUUCCCCGAGCUCGUCGCAACGGUUUUGUCUCGGGCGAGGCCCCCGGAGUUCUGGCUCUCGGUUGGUCUACGUGAGUGAAGCACCACGACCAGGGAAGAAGACCUGGACAGCGCCAACAGUCUCACUGUCAAGUAAUGCUCGCGUUGCUCUGCAUUCCCUCGCCGGAUGCUCCCCGGAGUCUGUGUUUGGACCUCCGGCUAUUCUGGUCUCAAAUCCAUACCGACGCCAUACUGCUCAGAGAGUGUGUCUGUGGGGAGGUCUCUUCCCGCAGUGCUUACUAUCAAGAAAGCGGAUCGGCUUACUCAACACACCGCGUAUUCUGAUUCCAUAUCCAACAGGUUGCGUAUCUCACAACCGAGGGAUUUCCGGGCAGUAUUACGUAUAAGGAUAAGCCACACAAGCGGCAAUGUGGCCACUAAGUCGGUUGCUGAGAUGAGUCUCGAACUAGUCAGGGUCGGAGUAGUACUCUAUCCGGGAACGGCACCGUUAGUUAGCCUUGACGGAUUUCACGCGAUACUGUCAGGACGCUAAUGAGCAAUGCACCUCGGGCAUACCCAAAUAGCAAAAAGAAGAAAGAAAAAGGAGGAAGAAGAAGAAAAAAACACCCCCAAGGACCUUGGCGUCGACGCCCGAAUACAAACACCCACACACACCCACAC